AUGGCCGCAAUCAUCCAGUACCGUGGCCUGCGCAAGUUCGUGCAGCAACAGCUGCAGGAGCACCUGUCGGACAAGGAAAGCGGCACCGACUACACCCAGAUCCCCGGCAUUUCCACCGAGCUCGACCACAACGGCGUGGAGUAUUUCCAGGUCGACUGGGCUGGCGCUGAGGAUCCGUUCUGGCCUCAGAAAUGGUCGACUCCUCGGCGCGUGGGCGCGACUCUGUCUGUGUGUCUGAUCGCCCUGGUCACGACCAUGGCGUCCUCCAUUGACUCUGCGGUUAUCAGCGAGGCUGCCGCCGAGUUUGGCGUCUCGGAAGUCACGGAGUCACUGGCGACGGCGCUGUAUCUGAUCGGCUUUGGCGUGGGUGCGCUUGUGGCGAGUCCGCUGUCUGAAAUGAUCGGGCGCUACCCGGUCUACCUGGGGGCUCUGGCCAUCUUUGGAGCCUGGAUCCUCGGGGCAGCGCUGGCCCCCAACAUCGGCGCCCAAUUUGCCUUUCGCUUUCUGGCUGGCUUAUGCGGUGCUGCGCCCUUGACUGUGGCUGGGGGUUCUGUCUCGGACCUCUGGAACACGCUGGAGAAGACCUUUGGCUUCCCUGUUUUUGCCAUCCCCGGCUUUGGCGGGCCUAUCUUGGGCCCUGUUGUGGGAGCAUACAUCGGGUAUAGCUCGGCCAUCAGCUGGAGAUGGUCGGAAUGGAUCAUGCUGGUCAUGGACGGUCUGGUCAUUGCCGUCAUCCUGCUGUUCAAGCGCGAAACAUUCGGCCCCAGACUGCUCUACUUCAAAGCCCGCUUCUUCCGACAGGAGACCGGCGAUAGUCGCUUCAAGACCAAGGAGGAGGCAUCGGGUGACGAAGACACCCUUGCCGUACUGAAACGACAUUUCUCGCGGCCGUGGAUCCUCCUUACAGAACCGAUUGUCAUUGCCUUUACCUUUUACCUCACGGUGGUUUACAUCGUCCUGUUCACCUUCUUGGACGGCUAUGUCACCAUUUUCGGCGACACCUAUGGCAUCAACAACGGGCUGGUGAACAUCUGCUUCGUUGGCCUCUUCAUCGGGAUCCUACUCGCCAUGUUCCUGGUGCCAAUCCUAUACCGCCGAACCGCCAACCAGCUUCAGCGAGAUGGCGAUGACGGGUCAGGGAAGAUGCUGAAGCAAGAGUCUCGCCUGUUCUUCGCUUUCUGUGGUGCGCCCGCUGUACCGGUGGGAUUGUUCUGGAUGGGAUGGACUGCCUACCCCGACAUUCCAAUCUGGUCGCCCCUCGCAGCAUCGAUCCUCAUCGGCUUCGGCAUCAUCUGCAUCUUCCUCUCCGCGUACAUGUACACCAUCGAUUCCUACGGCCACUACGCCGCAUCGGCUCUGACAUUCAUCGCUCUCGUCCGGUAUCUCGCGGCUGGUGGAAUGACGGUCGUCGGUAUUCCAAUGUACAACAACCUCGGUACGCACUGGACCUUGACCGUCCUGGGGAUCAUCAGCGCCGUGGCCAUGCCGAUUCCCUACGCGCUCGCCAAAUGGGGGCCUUCGCUUCGGAAGCGGAGCAAGUGGGCGAUUAGCAAGGCGCGAUAG